ACCUCGGGGUCGAAUCCAUGGGGGACGGCGGCGGCGGUGAGGGCGGCGGGCGUCCGGAAUGGCAGUCCAUCUACGACCGGGUGGAGGCGAUGCUGAGCAAGAGCCAGGCGCGAGCCGAGGCGCUCGCCGCCGACGCGCGCGCCUGGAGACGGCCAGCAAGGCCCAGCGCGAGACCGGGGAGGCCAUGCUGAAGCUCCAGCGGCGCGUGGAGGAGCUGCAAGCGGCGGCGCGAGAGAAGGACGCCGAGGUCGGCAGGCUGCGGGCGGAAGCCGCUGGUGCCAGGACGAAGCUGCAGGAAGCGCACCAGGCGGACGCGAGCAGGAGGGGGAGGUGGGAGGCGGCCUACCUGGAGCUGAUUCUCGGGGCUAAUCGGAAGCUCGAUGAGCUCAGAGAUUGUGGCUUGGGUGAUCCCGGAACUUCUGCAAAAAACCCCAACUUUAAGGAAUCGGAAAGUUGUGCAAAUCUCAGUCAAAAUACUGCAGAGCAUGACAUUGCAAGCAAUUUAGGUACAGAGCUAAGAAAGCUAAAGCAAGCUUAUGAGAUCCUGAGCUCAAAAAAGGACAAGGAAGUUUCUGCACUGCUCUCAGAAAGGGAUUUUGUGUGUGACCAGAUGAGCAUAAUGGAGCAGGACUUCGCCGCGCUCCUGAAGAAACUGGAGGCAGCACAAGCUACUGAGUCAGCACAAAAGCUUCAACAGAACAUAAAUGAGCUUCAAGUGUUGGCCGAAAAGAAGGAUGAUGAGAUUAGCAGAUUGCGAGCAAAAGCUGUUAGUGCGAAAGAGAAGAUAGAUUAUCUACAGUUAUUGGUCAAGGAGAAAGAUGAUGAAAUCGAAAGACUCAAAGGUGGGCUCCCUGAGACUAUUCCAAAGCGUAACAAGGAUAUCAGUGAGACACAUAAAAGAUCUAGGAAUGAAGGUCCAGCUGUAUGGACAGAAUCGAAAAAUAGUUGUCCUAGAACUAUGAUAGAAGAAGAUUUUGCAUCUGAAAUAGAAAUGGCAGAAAAACAUGGGCAAGCUGAGACUAGUAAGAAGCCCAAGUAUGCCUCUUCGUUAUCAAAUAGUGGAAAUGGUGGCGAUGGUGAUGAGCAGAGUGGACAUGAUGAGGAUGGUGAUGAGCAGAGUGGAGGUGAUAAGGAUGAUGAGCUGAUUGGAACUGAUGAGGAUGGUGAUGAGCAGAGUGGAACUGAUGAGGAUAGUGAUGAGCAGAGUGGAACUGAUGAGGAUGGUAAUGAGCAGAGUGGAAGUGAUGAUGGCAGUGAGGAUGUUGAUGAGCAGAAUAGAAGGGAGGACGAGAGGAUCUGGAAAGGUCAGAGCACUAUGAAAUGCUCGUUACGGAAGUACCGCAACGGUCAGAGCACUAUGAAAUCUACUGGCAACUGGGCUCUGUUCGUCAGCGACGUGAAUGACAUUUUGGCGGACCGACCUGACAGGCACAAGAGGUUCAUCGACUUCUUGCACACCUUCAGGCACAAGAAGCCCCGCAUUGACUCGGUGGCCUCGACCAUGGAGUGUGUGUUGGAUGGGCACCCCGAUCUCGUCCGUCGGUUCAACAAGAAUCGGAUCGAGGUGAAGACCAAGUGGAGACCAGUUCCUGGCGGACAAAGAUCGCAUCAAGGUCAAAGAGGAGGAGAAGUUGGAAAGGAGGAGAAGCCCAUCUUCCAAACCAAACAAAUAGUGGAACCACUUAACCAAACACUACCUAAGAAGAGGGGAAGACCAAGGGCAAGGAGUUGGUAUAGUUGGAAAAGAGGAGAAGCCCAGGUUCAUUAAGAAGAGGGGAAGAAGAAAAGGUUUUCCUCCUGGGUAUUGGGCGGAAGCCAAGCCACCCCUCUGAUGAACAAAUCUCUUCGCCGAAUGCAAACUCGGAUCUGAUCAUCGCUAGCCGGCCGCCGCCGCUUCUCUCUCUGUGUGAUUAAGAUGGAUAUCUAUGGAUGUCUUCGUGUUAGUAACUGCUCCUCCAUCCCAUAUUAAGUGACUUUCUAGUACAUGUAUCUAGACGCUUGUUAGGCAUAAAUACAUCCAUAUUUGAGCAAUUUUGAGUCACUUAAUACUCCUUUUGUUCCUUAAAAAUUGACACAUUAGCUUUCAUUAAGACAAGCCUUUGAUUACAAAUUACUAUGUCAAGGUGUAAGGUGUGGUUUAUAUGACAUGAAAUUAGUAUCGUUAGAUUCGUUAUCAAAAGUACUUCAUGAUACUUGUGAUUUCAUGUCAUAUAAACUACACUUUAACAUACUAAUUUGUGGUCAAAGCCUUGACUUAAUAAAAACUAGUAUGCCAAUCUUCAAGGAAUGGAGGGAGUAUGAGACGGAGAGUAUUAAUCAGAUGGCAUUUAAUC